AAUCCCAAUGAUGAUCAACUGUCUUCGGUGUACGGACAACCACAUUCGACCACCGAUCUGGCUGGGAUUUGGCUUGGUUUUCUCCGUUUCUAUCUGUUCGAUUUUCAACGGUCCAAAUGCGCGGUUAAUAUUGUCCGAACCCAUCCGAUGCUUCACAAAGGGGAAGGUGUAUCUUCGUCUGCUCUGGUGGUUAUUGAUCCAUUUGAACCCACACGAAAUUUGUGCAAAUCCAUCGGAUCAUGCGGAUUCCAGUUUAUUUUUGCUCAACUGAUGGCUUGCUACAGUUACUUCGGUGUUCCACGUCUGUCCAACGGGCGUCAUCUAUUCACACGUGUCCGUGCGCACGAUACUUCGUCUCAGUGCUCACUGGCUGAAAGCACGAAGCGGGAGGGCGCUCCGGACCGGACUGGUAAUCGAAAGCAGUCUAGAAAUCGACAACGACACCGAACCGGUCCGGACCAAUCGAAUCUACUCCAUCUGGUCCCCAUCAUCGAUGAUGCGAACGAUUUUGAGAGCAAUCUGCUAAAGGUACAUAGUUUAUUGACCGAGAAGUUUACGGCUGAGCGAUGUACCAUGACUACAGACGAAUCAGUCAUGCCACAGACAUCAGACGGAUUGGAUCUCACCUAUAUCGUUCCGCUCGAUCGUCUUCUGCCUCAUCUCCUUCGUAUUGUCCUAGAUGAGGUGCUCGAUUCGGAAGAUGUGUCCCAUAUUGCUGAUCGAUGCUUGGAACGAUUGUGGCGAAGACUGGGUCCUGACACGGGCAUCCAUACAAAAAUUUCUUUGGCAGAUUUACAGCAUAUAUGCGACUUGUUUGCGAAACAGUUUUGGUUCUCCGUGUGUCGUAAGUUCAUCAAUAGGGGUAUUCUGACCGUGCCGUCCUCUCCGUUUAUCAAGCAGACAAGUUUUUCGCUCAGUCAGCUCGUUUCAAACGAUGAUCCAAAACCGACAAAUACCUCGUUUAGUCCCCGUUCGGAUCAGUCGUUCGGUGAGCACAGUGAUACGCAAGAUAUGCCAGCGGAAGAGAAUUAUCUGUCCACGGGAGAUUUGGACGAUGAAGACCAUGAAACGGGCGCGGAGCUCGAUGAGUACGCGGAUCAUGAGCAUGAAGGGGUAGGCAUCAUGGAUGAGGAUGAUGGUUCGCUGAAUGUUGCACGGGCACCGUUCUUGGAUGAAACAGAAGACGGGGCUGGUGAAUAUGCCGAACGCACGUUGGAUUUGGGCGAUGAGGAUGAAGAUGAACAAAUUGGUAACCAUGGUCCAGAAGUUGCAUCAUCUACGGACAAGAGCACUGGACUGGGCGAUUGGGAACGCACCACUCACGCCAGUCGCACAGAGAUGACCGAAACACAGACGAGUAUGUCCAAGCGUUCACGACCGGAUGGUUCGAACAAGGGGGACGAUCGUGGUAGGAACGCUGGUCGGAACCGAAAAUCCACCGGUCCCACUCUCACCGCUUGGGCUUCCGUGACACGGAUACAUUACAGCACUCCUUUGGACGACGAUCGUCCCGGUUAUUAUCAUUCUCGGUUAGUGGAUUCACUGAAGCCGGAAGAUCUAUCGUUCCCGUUCACCGCAUGGGGACAGAUAAAUCGACGUGGGAGUCAUUCCGUUCGAUCGUCCGUUCUCGGCUUGGGUGGAUCGGAUCAACGCUCUACCAUGCUCGCCCAUUUUUCUCCACCCGAACCUCAAUGUAAGGCAUGCGGUCUGAUGGGACACACCAAGUCCACGUGUCAAACCAGUGUGGACACAUCAACCUCAUUCGCGAUGUGGCAGAAACAGUGUGCCGAGAUCCGUCGCAUGAACAUGCUGCACCAAGUUUUUGCCACUCGGUUUCCGAAUGUCCAACUCAAAUUGUUCGGUUCCUGUUGCAACGGAUUCGAGCUUCCGUCGAGCGAUAUGGACCUGUGCGUGUUUUUUCCCCGGGAAUCUCGAGAAUGGUCCAGCCUGCGUGAUGCUGAAGGAAUGCUAUCAACAGGCGAUGAUGUUCGUUCUCAGCUAAAUCUCGGUUAA